GUCCCACACCUUUGUCGUCAUCAAAAUGCGCACAGCAAGCAUGGCGCUCCCGCUGUUGUGGACAGAGCUAUCGCGUUUACCCAAGAUUUAGGGGGUUAUCUAAGAGACUGAACUAGUUUUAUCUUCUCGUUUUUGUUCUCGUCGUCGGUCACCUGGACAAUUCAGCGUCAGUUCCGCGUAAAAAUGCAGACUUUGAAGCGUGCCUGUUUAGCGUUGACCGCUGCUUCCAGAGUCCUCGGUUCUAGCCGGCUGUUCGCCCCCGGACUCCCCAGCGGGUCCCUUCACCGACACAUCCGCUCGUCUGCGGGUCGCUUUGGUCAAACUAGAGAACAACCAGAAGACACGGCGGUCAUUCGUGUUCCCCAGUAUGUGGUGAAGCGCGUAGAAAGCGUGAAGCAAACUGCGGUGAAAAACAAGAUCAGGACCAUCACAGCUGGUAAACUCCUGAUCCAGGGCAGGAACCCUUCUCUGAACCAGUCUGUGGGAUACGCCCUGGGGAAGUUCGAGCCGCCCGUCCUCUGCUCCAAAGGCUGGAACCACAAAAAAUCAUUCGGAGACUAUUUCAUCAUCAACAACACGAAGGACGUAGCUCCUUGCCUCACAGGCAACUGUCCCGAAGAACAGAAAACUCCUGCUGUCACCUUUCAUAACCUCCGCAUCUGCAAAAAACUGGUAGAAGCGUUGGACCUCAUGGGGAUCGUCCAUCCCACCACCGUACAGCUGCAGACCAUCCCUAAGGUCAUGAGAGGUCACAACAUCCUCUGUGCUGCAGAAACAGGAAGUGGGAAAACUCUGAGCUACCUGCUGCCGGUGGUUCAGCAGCUGCAGGCGGAGAAACAGCUGGACAUGAACAUUGAGACCACGAACACGAUCGGCGCUGUGGUUGUUGUUCCAUCCAGAGAGCUAGCUGAGCAGGUGGCAGCUGUGUCCAGGACUCUUUGUGGUUCUCUGGGCUUAAAUACAAGGACCAUAGGUGGAGGGAGAGGCGUCGGUCACAUCAAGAUGGUCCUAAAAUCAGAUCCUCCAGAUGUUUUGGUGAGUACACCCGGUGCCCUGGUCAAGGCUCUGCGAAGGAAUUAUCUGGAUUUGAGUGAGCUGAGCUUCUUGGUGGUAGAUGAGGCCGACACCAUGUUUGACCCCAGCUUCUCUGAGAUGCUCGGGAGCAUUUUGACGCACGUAAACAUCGCAAAUGAUCCCAAGGAAACGCGUGGCCUCGAUCGCAAAGCCCAGCUGCUGAUGAUGGGGGCAACUUUCCCUGGAGAUGUUGGGGAGGUGCUGAGCAAGGUGACAGACCUUGGAAAAAUAGUGACCGUCAAGAGCAAGAUGCUGCACUUCCUGAUGCCCCACGUCAAGCAGACAUUCCUGAAGGUGAAAGGUUCGGAUAAAAUCCUGGAGCUCUACCAAGCCCUGAAGAAGCUCCACCACGCCGGUGCUGCUCUGGUGUUCUGCAACAAGUCAGCCACGGUGAACUGGGUGGGCUACUCGCUGGAGGAAAUGGGGGUUCAGCACGCUCGGCUGCAGGGAGAGAUGCCCGCUGUUGUACGCGCUGGGAUCUUUCACUCCUUCCAGAAGGGCACGGACAAAGUGCUCAUCUGCACGGAUAUAGCGUCACGUGGACUGGACACUUCCAGAGUGCGUCUGGUCGUUAACUACGAUUUCCCAGAAUCCCACACAGACUACAUCCACCGAGCAGGCAGAGUGGGGAGAGCUGGAGGGGUGGAGGAUGGGGAGGUGCUCAGCUUCGUCACUCACCCUUGGGAUGUGGAGCUAGUGCAGAGCAUCGAGACCGCCGCUCGGAGGAGAACGAGUUUGCCGGGAAUGAAAUCUGAAAUCCAAGAACCGAAACCCAAAGUUGUAUCAGCAGAGGAGCAAAAGUCUCCUGCUUAAGUGAUUUAUCUAAAUGUUCAGGCUUAAAGCUAAAGCUGUAGCAGAUCAGAGAGUGUGUGUGUGUGUGUGUGUGUGUGUGUGUGUGUGUGUGUGUGUGCGCGCGUGCGCGCGUGUGUGUAUGUGGGUGUGUGUGUGUGCAUGUGGGUGUGGGUGUGUGUGUGUGUGUGUGUGUGUGUGUGUGUGUGUGCGCACGCGUGUGUGUGUGUGUGUGUGUGUGUGUGUGUGCGCGCGCGCGCGCGUGUGUGUAUGUGGGUGUGUGUGUGUGCAUGUGGGUGUGGGUGGGUGUGUGUGUGCAUGUGGGUGUGUGCGCGCAUGUGUGGGUGUGUGUGUGUAUCAGCUGGUAUCUGACUACAAUUUAGCUGAAAUAAUAAAAAUUGAAGUCCUUUACGUCUAGAAAAUAAUUUUUUAUUUUGAUGUCUAAAACGUUUUGAAUCUAUGCUUAUAUAUGUGUGUGUGUGUGUGUGAUUCAGACUAUAAAUUAAUUGUACUAAAUUUUGUUAAAAUUUCCAUAAAGUUGUUUAACUGAAUCAAAAGAAAAUGACUUGUUUCUUCAAACUAACUCAUGAAUUUAAAGG